AUGGCCGUGGCGCACCAAGGUGGCGUCGUGGCUGGAUUACUACUACUAUUUUUUCUGGGUGGAUGCAAGGCAAGGAUACACAAACUCACCCUGAAGAAUGAAUCUCGCUCUUUCGUCCACCUCAACACUUUUGGCUUUUAUGCCAACGGUACUCUGGAUGUGAACCUACAUUCACUCCGUCUCCAGCAACAACUUGUCAACUACAGUUUGAACCCGGUUGGGUUCACCCUCUCCAGGGCCCGCGUGAGUGGAGUUUUGUCUUACACUGCUGAAGAGACUGGGACGUGCCCUCUCACGAUCACUAAAGUGACCAGCAAUGAACCUCUUAUCCUUUUUCUUAUUAAUAUCAACAGCCCCAGCGUCAAUGUGCGUGUCUUCGGAACUCAAGACAGCGUACUGACUGCUAAACUGAAGGCCAAUGUGCCAACCAAAGAGAAAGGUCAGAAGUCUAAACGGCAGGCUCCUGAGCCGGCUCCAGGAAAUUCAGCAGCAGGAGUUAAAGAUGGCAAUAAAGAUUCUGCCACAACUGCGGAUAAAGCAAAGGCGAAAGCUAAUACGGAGCCCGUUGAUCCAAAGAAAGAGGAUAAAAUAACAGAAAAGACCACGACGGAUAUCCAGUUGGGGUCCACCAAAGAGAUCACACUCGCUUUGGAUAAGAUUAACGACACCUACGCCUUCAAUUUCCACCUACUUUUGGGACAACUUUCCGAAGGGCUGUACAACUUUAACUUCUACUAUUGCCAGAACAUGGUCCCUGGAAUUGCCCUGCCAUACUCCUUUACUCUGGAAGUGACCGAAAAGAAUCCCGGUGGCUUCUUGUCGGCGGCCGAAAUCCCGCUCUCCCGCCUCUACAUCGGAAUGGCCGGCGUCUUUUUCGGGGCCGCCUUGUUGUGGGUUUACACGCUUAUGAAGCACAGGUACAGCGUUUUUAAGAUCCACUGGCUGAUGGCGGCGCUGGCUUUCACCAAGUCCACUUCGCUGGUUUUCCACAGCAUCAACUAUCACUUCAUCAACACCGAGGGACAUCCCAUCGAGGGCUGGGCUGUCAUGUAUUACAUCACUCACCUGCUUAAGGGGGCGCUGCUGUUCAUCACCCUGGCGCUGAUCGGUACCGGCUGGGCUUUCGUUAAGUACAUCCUGUCUGAUAAGGAGAAGAAAAUCUUCAUGAUCGUCAUCCCACUGCAGUGCCUGGCCAACGUGGCUUACAUCAUCAUCGAGUCGACUGAAGAAGGCUCCAGCGAGUAUCCGCUGUGGAAGGAGAUCCUCUUCCUUGUGGACCUCAUCUGCUGCGGUGCCAUCCUCUUCCCUGUUGUCUGGUCCAUUCGUCACCUGCAAGAGGCUUCCAGCACAGAUGGAAAAGCUGCCAUGAAUUUGGAGAAACUUAAACUCUUCCGUCACUACUAUGUCAUGAUCGUGUGUUACAUCUACUUCACAAGGAUUAUCGCUAUUCUGCUCAAGGUUACCAUGCCUUUCCAAUGGCAGUGGUUCUACGAGUUCCUAGUAGAGGUGUCCACGCUCAUCUUCUUCGUGUUGACGGGCUACAAAUUCCGACCGGCCUCCAACAAUCCGUAUCUCCAGCUGCCGCAGGACGAAGAAGACGAAGAGAUGGAUGAAAUAGUGACCGAGUCGGGCGCCCUGGAAGGCAUUUCCAAAGUCAAGAAGACGUCUAAUGGACGCGAGCGGCAAAAGGAGGCCACCUUGUGA